UGGACAUUUUAGCCACCUUCAUGGGCCAUGACAUAAGAACCCACAGAGCCUACUACCGCUUGCCAGAUGCGUCACUGCAAGUAGCAAAGAUUUCUAAAGUACUCUUCAGCAUGGAGAAGGGAGACCUAAAGGCAAUGGCAGGAAAGACGUUGGAUGAUGUUCGUGUAGAUGCAGAUGAAGAAUGCAACAUAGAUCCAGAUGUUGAUGAUGAUCCUGACAACGAAGUGAACAGGCCCGAUGAUGCUGUUUUGAUGGAUGAGAUGUCAGACAAAGAAAAUGAAGGUAUGAGCAUGCCGCAGCAAAGCAGAAAGAAGAGUGACCAAGUUGCAAACAAGGAAAGUGACCGUGGUGCCAGCAGAAAGAAAAGGAGUAUCAGACAAUCUUGGACAGCUGAAGAAAAACAAGCAAUACACAGACACUUUAAAGAAGAACUACGCUCACGCCAACUGCCCGGUAAAGAAAAAAUAAUGAAGUACUGCAAGAUGGAUGCAGACCUGGGUCAAUUUUAUCAGCAGCUCCCAUAUCACCAGAUGGUCAACGUCAGUGAGCAUCACAUGUGUAACAAUGUGCAUAAAGGUUACAGGUCAAACUCCAACUUUGCUCACUUCCCCUAG